AUGCCUAAAAUCGCUGAAUCUGACGAAUCUCGAAUGAUAGAGGCCUGCGAAGCGGCUAGACGCGAAGAAAAACCAAAUAUAACCAAGAUCGCGCGUGAAUUUGGUGUUAAUCGGCGGAACCUCCAGAAUCGCGUCAGAAAGGGCAUGCAGGCUCGUACAGCUAGGAAGCCAGUCAAUAAGGUCCUAGAUAGGGCUCAAGAGGAAGCUUUGACGCGCUGGAUAUGCCAACUAAUCGAUUGGAAUAUGCCACCAAAGCCUAGGCUAAUCGAGGCGUGGGCAAUUCGCUCGCUUGCACGCGCUGGUAAGCCUGAUCAGAAGGUUGGCAAGAUGUGGGUAUAUCGCUUUAUUAAGCGUCUCCCACAAGACCUACAGCUAGGUCCAGUGAAUCAGCGUACGAAGGAAUCGAAGCGUAUCCAAGCAGAAGAUGUAGGCCUACUAGCCCACUGGUACGAUCUGCUCAAAAAUCUACUUAAAGGUGUACCUGCGCGGCUAGUAUACAACUUCGAUGAGUGUGGGUUCCGGCCAGGCGAGGGUAAAAACCAGCGUGUGGUUGGUAGGAAGAAUACAAGAUCUGGCCCUGAUCUUGCUGAGACUGAGCGAGGCGAAAAUAUUACUGCGCUUGAAUGUAUUGCUGCCGAUGGGUGGCAGAUGGAUCCGCUAUUUAUAUUCAAAAGCGGCGGGGUCUUUAUGGAGGCCUGGUUCGACGGCAGCGAAGAUCUACCACCUAGUACGAUGGUUGGAACCUCACCUAAUGGCUGGAUCUCUGAUCAAUUAGCUAAUCAAUGGCUUGAUUAUUUUAUCGAGGCUACUCGCAAUCGUACGAAGCGGAGUGAGAGGCGCAUCCUAAUCUUCGAUGGCCACGGUGCGCACCUUACCCUCGAAUUCUUACAAAAAUGCGAAGACAACGAUAUUCUACCUUUUGGUUUUUUACCUCACUCCACACAUCUUUGCCAACCGCUUGACGGCAAGCCGUUUCUCAGCUAUAAACAGCACUUUCGAAGCCUAAACAACGAGAUAUCUUAUUGGGCAGGCGAGCCGAUGGGUAAGGCUGAAUUUCUACGGGUAAUCGGGCCCGUACGAUCUAAAGCCUUUAACCAGCGAAUUAUUCGUGAAUCUUUCAAAGAUCGUGGUAUCUACCCAGUUGAUGCUAGCAAGGUCCUAAGCAAGCUAUCUAAUGGUUGGGAUACUAUACCUGAUCUAAUCGCGCCUGAUCUUCGUUCUUAUGGCUCCUACACACCAUCUCCGCCACCAGCCAAUCUCUCAUCGUCCAGCGUUGAAAAUACACCUCCAAAAUCGACUGAAGCACUCCAGAAGAACCAGGGAAAGUUAUCAAAGCACGCAGAUAUUCUUACGCCAAAGCUACAGCGCAAUCUUGAGCGUAUUUUCCAACAUAAUCGUAUCGCAGUUGAUCACCUCGCUAUGGCCAAUGAUACAAUUGCGCGAAUUAGGGCCGUACAAGAACCAAUACAGCGAUCUAAGACCAAGCGGCAGAUUAAGGGCCUUAGUCACACUGGUAUAUUAACUACACGCGAUGCGAAUCGAUCAAUUGCGACUAGGAAGGCCAAGGAAGCUACGGCAGAAAAGAGACGGCUAGCUAGAGACUACGAGAAGCUAUAUGGUUGCAAGCCACCACCUUUGGUUAUGCAGGAGAGUGAGGCAUCAAUUGAAGCAGCGAGGGUAGCGCAAGAGAACGGGGAUUUUUUUUUCUUAGAUCCUGAGCCGAUGCGUUGA